CCAAACCAAAACUAUGUUCACAAAUCCUCCACGUCUUGUUUUUGUAGCGAGAACCUUAGCUUAGAAUAUGAAAUUUAAACAUUGUUCUCGAUUCAUAUUCCUCCUUCAGGAACGAGAACUUUAGAGAAUAUUGGAACCUUGCACUUUAUGGGCAAUGAAGAGAAAGAAUUGGCCAAGAGACAAGUGGUAGGCCGAAUCAAGAAAGUUAGGUUCAACAAAUUGCUUCUCCUUUUCUGCCCAACUCUCCUUCUCCCCUCUCCUAAUAUAUAUAUAUAUGUACAUAUAUAUCAGUGCCUGUGUUUAAUAACCUUGAAGAAUAACCCAAUUUACUAUAAUCACGAUGUCAACAGCAUAUAGGAUUAGAAUGAUCAGUUUAGUUCAUAUUCGAGGAAUCUGCAGCCUGUAUGUAUAAAAGGUCAGGUUUCAGUGGAGCAUAUAUCAUCAUCUUCCUUCACUUGUUCUGAUAGCUAGCAUCAUCUAAAGAAGUAUUUGAAGAAUGUCAAGAAAGUGGUCUUUGAAUUUCAAGUAUGGGAGUUGGAGGAAGCCCCCUUCCAAGCAAGCUGAGGGUCAGGCUCCAUCAGACCCGCCAACGCCAACACCAACACCAACGCCAACGCCAACGCCAACGAAGGUUUUCCAGCAAAACGUGGCCGAGAUGAGACAGGUUUUUGACAAAUUUGACACCAACAAGGACGGGAGGAUCUCGCGGGAGGAGUACAAGUCGGCGCUGAGGGGGUUACAGAAAGUAGGAAACGCAGAGAAGGAGGCGAGUACGGCAUUUGAGGUGCUGGACACCGAUGGAGAUGGGUUCAUCGACUUCAAAGAGUUUAUGGAAGUGCACAACAUGGGAGGAGGGGUGAAGAGAAGUGAGAUUCAGAGUGCUUUUGAGGUGUUUGAUUUGGAUGGAGAUGGGAAGAUCAGUGCCAAGGAGUUGAUGGAGGUCAUGAGGGGUCUAGGAGAGCAGUGCAGCUUGAAAUCAUGCCGGAAAAUGGUGAAAGCGGUGGAUAAAGAUGGGGAUGGGAUGAUCGAUGUCAACGAGUUCAUGACCAUGAUGACCAACACCUAGAAGCUCUCUUCAUCAUAAGCUAGCUGCUGCCUUCCAAGCUGCAAGCUGCAAGCUGCUCUCUUUCUUUCUUUCUCUGUAGUUGUUGUUGUAUGCAUAGCCCUGCCUACUUCCUAGCAGCUAACAACAGCUAAUGAAUAAAGAUAUGGUUUAAGGAAAAUGAUUUUAUUGCUUUGCUGAGUGUGAGAAUAGGUCGGAACAAGGGACUGGAAUUGUCUGAUUAAUGCAUUUGGCCUAUUCAAACUAGCUUUAUGAUUGCAUAUUA